GACAGCUACCUAGUCAUAAAACAAAAAGCUACCAUCUUCUGUGGAGGCAGAGAGACUUCAAGCUGUUCAUGGCCAUCAUCAUGUGGAUCAGAAUCAUUCUUCUGUUAGCGGCUUGCAUGCUUCCUCUUUCAGUGGAAGCCAUGGUUCGCCACUACAAGUUCAACGUGGUGGUGAAGAAUGUCACAAGAUUGUGUUCAACCAAGCCAAUAGUAACAGUAAAUGGAAAGUUUCCAGGGCCCACUAUCUAUGCUAGGGAAGAUGAUACUGUUUUGGUGAAGGUGGUUAACCAUGUGAAGUACAAUGUUAGCAUCCACUGGCAUGGGGUGAGACAAUUGAGGACGGGCUGGGCCGAUGGGCCUGCAUACAUAACCCAAUGCCCAAUUCAACCGGGUCAGGUGUUUGUGUACAACUUCACCCUCACAGGGCAGAGAGGGACACUUUGGUGGCAUGCACAUAUCCUGUGGCUUAGGUCAACUUUGCAUGGUGCAUUGGUCAUUUUGCCCAAGCUUGGAGUUCCUUACCCUUUUCCCAAACCCAAUGCAGAGAAAGUUAUCCUAUUGAGUGAAUGGUGGAAAUCAGAUACAGAGGCCAUAAUAAAGGAAGCAUUGAAAUCUGGGUUGGCCCCAAAUGUGUCUGAUGCUCACACCAUUAAUGGUCAUCCAGGAUCUGUUCAACAGUGUGCCUCUAAAGGAGGGUACAAACUUCAAGUUCAUGCUGGAAACACCUACUUGCUAAGAAUAAUCAACGCUGCACUGAAUGAAGAGUUGUUCUUUAAAAUUGCAGGUCACGAACUCACUGUUGUUGAGGUUGAUGCUGUCUACACAAAACCUUUGAAAACCAACACCAUAGUUAUUGCACCUGGUCAAACCACAAAUGUGCUUCUGAAAGCCAACCGUGCCACAGGCAAAUACUUAGUAGCAGCCACUCCCUUCAUGGACUCUCCUAUUGCAGUGGACAAUGUGACUGCCACUGCAACAUUGCACUACGCAGGCUCACUCAGUUCCACCAUCACAACCCUCACUUCCUUACCUCCCAAAAAUGCCACCCCAGUUGCUACCACCUUCACUGACUCACUCAGAAGCCUAAACUCCAAAACCUACCCUGCUAGAGUCCCUAUAAAGGUUGACCAUUCCCUGUUCUUCACUGUCAGCCUUGGAGUCAACCCUUGUCCCACUUGUGUCAACGGUAGUAGGGUGGUUGCAGCCAUCAACAAUGUGACCUUUGUGAUGCCAAAAGUCUCUCUCCUCCAAGCACAUUUCUUCAACAUAAGUGGAGUUUUCACUGAUGAUUUUCCCAGAAAGCCUACAGUGGUUUAUGACUUCACAGGAACACAACAACCUGCAAAUUUGAGGACCAACAGAGGGACAAGGGUCUACAGACUUCCCUACAACUCCACUGUUCAGUUAGUGUUGCAAGAUACUGGAAUGAUUACGCCUGAGAACCAUCCUAUUCAUCUCCAUGGAUUCAACUUCUUCGUGGUUGGUAGAGGACAAGGGAAUUUCAACCCCAAAAGGGACACCAAAAAGUUUAAUCUUGUUGAUCCUGUGGAGAGAAACACAGUUGGUGUUCCAUCUGGGGGGUGGACUGCUAUUAGAUUCAGGGCUGAUAAUCCAGGUGUCUGGUUUAUGCACUGCCAUUUGGAAAUUCACACUACAUGGGGACUAAAGAUGGCAUUUGUGGUGGACAAUGGUGAAGGACCAAAUGAGUCAUUGCUACCACCUCCAAGUGAUCUUCCCAAAUGUUGAGAAGAGGACAAAUGUACAAUCUUUGCUUAAGGAGGAAGAGAGGGAAACAUGUAAAGAAAUAUACUUUCCAAAUGGACUCAACCAUCAAAGCUAAUAACAAGAUUUUCUUGAAGCUAAUGAAAAGAACAAGUUGAAAAUAGGAAAAUAAGACCAAUUAACAUGUCUUCAGUUUCUGUGUUUUUUCCCUGUAAUUUUUUCAUUUUUUUUUGCAUUAUUUGUAUUUUUCAUCUCCUUCUUCUUGAAAAAU